AUGCUGUCAUGUGCAGGUAACGGACCGUGCCUCGGCUACAGAAAACCAGGACGGCCGUACCAGUGGCUGAAGUACAGACAGGUAUCUGAUAGAGCGGAGCACCUGGGGUCAGGGCUCCUUCACAAGGGCCUGAAGCCGAACUCGGACACCUUUGUCGGCAUCUUUGCUCAGAACAGACCUGAGUGGAUCAUUAGUGAACUGGCCUGCUACACCUACUCCAUGGUAGCGGUCCCCCUGUACGACACCCUGGGUCCUGAAGCUCUUGUGUUCAUUAUCGACAGAGCGGAGAUCUCCACUGUGAUUUGUGACAAUCAGAGCAAAGCAGAAACACUCCUGCAGACCCGGGAGAAAGGCCAGACUCCGGUCCUCAAAACCAUCAUCGUCAUGGACUCAUUCAGUUCUGAGUUGGUCGAGCGGGGAACCAAAUGUGGAGUGGACAUCGUGUCGAUGCCGGAUGUGGAGGCUUUGGGGAAAAGUAAUCUUCAGAAGCCAAUUCCACCAAAGCCAGAGGACCUCAGUAUUGUUUGCUUCACCAGCGGCACCACAGGUAAUCAAUGCCGGGGUUUACAUUUAUAAAUCAUA